CCUAGAAGAAGAAAAAAUAGCAUAGAUAGAGGAAAGAAUAUUGUAAGUCUGUAUCUGGCUGGCUGCAUAAGAGGGGGAAUUGCUGGCAUUCACUUGCACAUAUGCGGAGGAACAAUAAAUAUUUUAGAGAGAGAAAGAAGAGAGAGAGAGUGAAGAGUAUUGCAUAAUAUAUACCACAAUUAUAGGAGAGGCAGCUUCAAAGUACAGUACAAGAGAAAAAAAAAACACCAUUUUCAACAGAUUCAUUUCUCGUUUUGAUGGCUGCUCCACCGGCAAGGGCUCGUGCCGAUUACGAUUACCUCAUUAAGCUUCUCUUGAUCGGCGAUAGCGGUGUUGGAAAAAGUUGUCUUCUUUUGCGUUUUUCUGAUGGUUCCUUCACUACCAGUUUCAUCACAACUAUUGGUAUUGAUUUUAAGAUAAGAACCAUUGAACUUGAUGGCAAACGGAUCAAGCUCCAAAUUUGGGAUACUGCAGGACAGGAACGGUUCCGGACAAUUACAACAGCUUACUAUCGUGGUGCCAUGGGCAUAUUGCUGGUCUAUGAUGUUACUGAUGAAGCAUCAUUUAACAAUAUCAGGAAUUGGAUUCGCAACAUUGAGCAACAUGCUUCGGAUAAUGUUAACAAAAUACUGGUAGGGAACAAAGCAGAUAUGGACGAAAGCAAAAGGGCUGUGCCAACUUCCAAAGGCCAAGCACUGGCUGAUGAGUAUGGAAUCAAAUUCUUCGAAACUAGUGCAAAGACAAAUCUAAAUGUGGAGGAAGUUUUUUUUUCCAUAGCAAGAGACAUAAAACAAAGGCUUGCUGACACUGACAACAAGGCAGAGCCAACAACCAUCAAAAUCAACCAAGACUCUGCAACGGGGUCUGGACAGGCUGCACAAAAAUCUGCUUGCUGUGGUUGAGGACACUUUUACAAGUUGGUGGCAACAUUAUUGAAGAAAUUACUUGUAUGAUAAUCAUGAUGCUGACUUGUGCUCAACGUUUUCAAUGUGGCAUUAUUUAUUAAUUUUGUGCGUGAUAAGUAGUUUUGGAUUUAUAUUGAAUCAAAAAACUGAAUGUGAUUGUAGUGAAUGAAUGUCUAACUACCUCUGUUUGAUUGGGAUUAGGACGGACCCAUUUUUUUCACUGUAUAAACUUGCUUAUCAAUGGCGUGUAGUGGUGAGUUAUUCAUCAUACACAUUUCAAUAUUGCA